UAAUUCUAUAGCCUUCCGUUAUACACAAUGUUCGGAACAGCGUUUUGUGUAAGCAUUUUUUUGGCUUCAGUGACGAUAGCUCGAGGCGAUUGCAGCUGUAAGAAGAACAUACAUUAUUACAACAUUUGCAUGAAGUCUGCAGAAAACAACAGAAAUGGCUGUGGACUUCAUCUCAGCGAAUAUGAGACGUGCAUCAAGAAAGAGUUUACCUCUCUGAAGUCUAAAGUGCAGUUGCUAGAGCGUGCAAUAAGCGGAAUAAGUACAGAGAGAAAGGUUGAUACCAUCUCAUUUAUGGCAAGUCCUGCAACUAACAUCAAACCUGUAUCAGGUGCAACUCUCAUUUUCGGCAACGUUCUCACCAAUAAAGGAGGAGCUUAUAACGGCAGAACAGGUGUGUUUACCGCCCCAGUAUCUGGUUCAUACUUCUUCAUGUGCACCAUCGGACUUCCAGCACCUUCUUCCGCUAACGAUUAUCUGAGAAUACAUAUUAUGAAGAACGGCAAGAUUUCUUCGUAUUUGUUCAUCGGCGCGGAAGGGAUGUGGAUCAAGAGAUCAGAAAACACUCUGCUGCAGCUCCAGAAAGGCGACAAGGUUUAUCUAAAAAUCAGAACUAAUGGGGGUGGUCAAUUUCCAUAUAUUGCUGGGUCAAGUACCUAUCCAGGUGCUGUUUAUCAUUCGCAUUUCUCGGGAUUUUUGAUAUAAAUUAAAAUAUUUUGUCUGUUAAUGAAUAAAUUUCUUUCAACAAUGAAUGACCUUAUUUGUUCGCCAUCUCUUUGCUCUGGAUUUGUUCUGAUAAUUUUUUUUAUUUAUCAUCUUGUAACGGAGCAUUAUUCUCGAUAUUUAUUUUGUCUUCUUUGGGGGAAAUCAGACUUUGAGUUAUUUAGCUUUGCAGGUACUUUGAUGUAGAAUUUAUUAGCUGAUUUCCCCCAGAAUAUUCUGAUGAAGAUUUCUUUCGUCAUUUGGUAUUCGUAAUAAAUGACAAUUUUCAAUCUCAA